AUGACCGCCAUCGCUCGCGUCCACGCCCGCGCCGUCGCGCCCGCGCGCCGCGCGCGCGCGAGACCGCACCGCGCGUCGAUCGCGCGCGUCGCGUCCGCGCGUCAGUGCGCCCGCGUCGCGACGCGCGCGAACGCAUCGACCGAUGACGUCGAGACGACGUCGACGAGCGCGGCGACGACGCCGGACGACGACGUGCCGAUCUGGGAGCGCCGCGAGCUCGAGCGCAAGGCGGCGGACGCGAAGGGCGGACUUCCGUGGCCGGCGUACCUGCUGCUGAGCGUGAUCGUGCUGAUCGCGGCGACGGGGUCGAUGUUCGAGUACGCGUAUAAAAAUCCAAUCUUCGGCGUCGUCGGCGCGGAUUCGGGGCUGUACGCGCCGAUUUUGGGAUGGUUCGUGUUCACGGGGUUCCCGCUGGCGGGAUUCUUUUGGAAGAAAGGGAUCGAUGGGGCGAACGAGGCGAGCGAGGCGCAGGAUAAGAUGGAUGGGUACUGA